AUGGCUGCCGCGGCGAACGUCGCACCGGAGAAUCAGUACUUCUACGAGGAUGUCGUCUACCGGUUGGACAAGCGGGGCAACGUCGUCUUCGGCAUCGUCAUGGAGAACGACGACCUGGACCUGUCAGAGGAGAGCACCGACAGCGAAGACAAUCUGCCGAAGCGCAAGAAGGGCGAGAUCCGGAUGAUCUGGCACCCGUCCGGUGUCGAGGAGUUGGUCAAUUGCAAGAAGGUUCAUCUGGCCGAUAGGACACUCAUGCCUGGUGACGUCGUGCGUAGGAUGAUUAAGGGAAAGGAUACACAGAGAGGCUAUUGUAGGGAUGUGGAGUUAACCGCCUGUGUACAAGUUAUUGGUACCAAACAAGUUCUCACAGAUAUUAAGAGCGAAGAUCUAAUUCCAUUGCAGGAAUUUGCGACAGAUAUGGCGGUGUGCAUGGACUCCUGGGUUGGCGGGAUUAGAAUGAUGCACGUCAAAUUAUGGCUAGUAACACCAGAUGGAUCUCACUGUGUCAUAAACGACAUGGAUUCCUGUGUGCUAGGACAAUUGGAAGAGGCACGAGAUAGCGAUAAUGAUUUUCCACAUCCGACCGAAUUCUAUCCUGGUCAGAGUCUGUGGGGUCCGAUUCACUGUCUAGAGGAGGCGCAGUGGAUACAGUGCACAAAAGAGAUGAAAGCGAAGAGGAAAUUAAAACCACAAAAAAUAACUAAAGUGAUUGUGGAAAAGGUGGAGACCGAUUGGAUAGGCGUGCGUUGGCAGUGCCGGGCUUACUCGAAAGACGGCGCCUGGUCCGAUCAGGCGCAGCCAAAUUUCGUGAUCGAGGGUGAAGAUUUGAAAAAAGUGAAAUUGUUAAACGUAUUCGAACCCUCGACGGUACAAGUCGGCAAUCGUAAUUUUUACAUCAUUAAGGGCAACGAAAACGUUAUUACACGUGAACAGUGGCGAAAGCAACAGAGGGAUAUUUAUCAAGUUCCUAAACAAAGUCCAAAAAAGACCAAAAAUCCAAAUAUUACAGUGACAAAGUUGACGGACGAUAAGAAGAAAGAACAGAAGAAGGAUAAAACAUCCGAUCAGCAACCGGUAGAAGAGAACGGUCAAAGUAACGACGUUCAUUCUCAAGAUACAAUAAGUAACAACGUUUUGCUGCUGCCGCCUCAAAAUCAACGCGCUGAAAGUUCAGACGAAUGGGAUACGGAAGAUACGGGUUCGCAAAGUGACUCUGCUUCGGUUUCUAGCUGCUGUUCCAGCAUGUCAUCAGUGGGAAAGAAAAAGAAGGGUCCUGCAUUGAUGACGAAAGUGCUGAAGAAAAAGAAAUUGCGAAAAGCAAAAAAGAAAGUACCGCCUGUUCCAUUAGUUCCCGGGACUAAAGUAGUCGUAGAAACGUUAUCCACUAACACAAAAGCGAAUGUGGUGUGGCAAGACGGCUCAGUAGAAUUUGGCAUACCAUCGACACAGUUAUAUCCAAUUCAUCACCUAGAUGAUAAGGAAUUUUUCCCAGGUGAUUUUGUCGUAGAUCAGAAAGAAGAAUCUAGAAUGUAUGGUGUUGUACAAAGUGUCGACCAUCAAGGCCGUACUGCCAAAAUAAAAUGGUUCCGUACAUAUACUUCUAGUCAAAAUCCAGAACCGAUUUUUCUGGAGGAGCGUGAGGUGAGCGUUUACGAUUUGAAGGAUCAUCCAGACUUUCAGUACCGACCGGGAACUUUAGUGAUCCGAAUAGCGAAUUUCGAGGGCGAAGACGCCGGAUGUACCGCUGGUCAAGUAUUAGACAAUUAUCCAGAAGGACGAGUAAAAGUUUGGUGGAUCGAUGAUCACAUUAGCAUGUGCUGGCCACAGGAUUUGUACAAGGUUGGCGAAUACGAUAGCGAUGAAGGAGAACUGUGGGAUUCGUCGUCUGACUCGUCGUGGGAAACAGAACUCGAAGAUUGUUUCAUCGCGGAUAAUGAUGGUACCGAGCAGACGGAAUUGGAUAACAUAAAGCCGAAAUUGGCGGCGCAUAUCGAGAAAGCUAGAAUCGCAAUGUCGCGAUUAGAAGAGAUCUUUACACAAAACCCGUCCCUGCAGACGACUGAAGUGAUGAGAAAGCUCCUCGAGGUUUAUAAAGAUUGCCGUUACAUGGAUAAACUGAUGGGUACUGCAUUUUUCCACGAAUGCCACUUCCAGGGACUUCUUGAGCGAGUGAGAGAACACGGCAGGGCGAACGUCGCGCAGCGCAUGGCGGAUCAAGUCACGAGGCUCUUUACGCCGAAAUCCGAAUACCCGGAAGAAUGCAUAGAUAAAGAUGACUCAAAAAAAUCGAGCAACAGCGAGGAUCCAUGCGCGAUUAGUAUAACGGAGAAGCAGCAAAUCGCUAGUACAGUUAUCAACGAAUCGGAGAACGACAAUACACUAAAUAUUGAAAGCAAUGCGAAAAAACAGAAUGAGGAGGAGAAUGUUAAUCGAUUAUUCAUAUGUCCCAAUCCAAAUCCCGAGGAUUCCGGAUUAUACUCGGCAGAAAACUCAAAGAAGGAGUCAGGCUCAAGCGAGUCCAGCGGAGAAUUCCUCAUAAGCGAGGACGUUAUUAACGUACCGGAAUGUUCGUCCACGAUAAACGGUAUAACCUCGCCCGAGAAAACCGAGCCGAAUAAAGUGAAAAAAGUGCCGACGAGCCUGCUGACCUCUCAAAGUAUCGGCACGUCACAAGUAUGCGUCAAACUUUGUAAUUUGAUAAAAGCACAACUCGUAUUGGCGCACGCUGAGGUGUCGAAGAGAUUUGGUCUGGGAAAAAUGUCACUGUCAGACGCGGAAAAGACCUCGUCCCCGCGGAAAAAGCAGAAGAGCGAGGAGGAAGAACGUCCGAACGAAAUUGCGACGGAUUCGACCUGUUCCAUCGAGAUUCCACCAACGGUUUACACUGAAGGCGAGGGUUUCUCCAUUGAGGAAACUGCGCCUGAUAGUCACAAAUUUAAACUGACUAUGUUCCAGCCUACCGAUCUGACCAACUUUUUCCGUACGGUCUCCAAAGAGUUGAAACUGUUGAAAAGCUCACUCCCGCCAGGUGUUUGGGUGAAGGGAUUCGAGGACCGUAUAGAUCUGUACUCCGUAAUGUUCCGUGGUCCUGAGAAGACGCCCUAUGAAGACGGACUCUUCCUUUUUGAUUUCCAAUUAUCUGCCGACUAUCCGGCUGCACCGCCUCUCUGUCAUUACAUAUCUUAUUGCAGCGACCGGCUGAAUCCCAAUCUAUAUGAAGAUGGAAAGGUAUGCGUAAGUCUGCUGGGUACGUGGUCCGGUCGUGGCACGGAAGUGUGGACAAGCUCGUCAACUCUGUUGCAAGUGAUAGUCUCGAUACAGGGUCUGAUCCUUGUGAGUGAGCCGUACUUUAACGAGGCCGGCUUUGAGAAACAGAAGGGCUCGCAACAAGGGUGCGAGAAUUCAAGAAUGUACAACGAGAUGGUGGUGCUGAAGCUGGUGCAAGCCCAAACUAAACUGCUGCUACAUCCACCGCCUGUAUUUAAGGACAUAAUCAUCACACACUUUAAAAGACACGCUGAGAAGUUGCUGCAAAGAUUGGAGUUGUGGAUGGAGAUAUCUGAACAGCAUAACAAUCAGCAUCCACUGUCUCCCGUUACUCCUACUACGUUUAAAAAAAUUUCAGAUAUUGAUGAGAAAGUAUUACCCGAGUUCCCGCUCAUUCCAGCGUCUCGCGGUUUCUGUAUAACUCUCCGCAAGACUCUAGCGACGUUCAAAACAGUGCUCAUUAAAAAAAAUAUAAUACAGAGGUCGGAUGACUGGCAGGACAAUGAAAACACCACGGAGUUAUUAAAUAAUAUCACAAAUCAGUGCCAAGAAACGUCUGAAUCUGUUGAUGGUAAAGCAACAGAGUGUGACGGGAGUAGUAACAGCAAUAGCAGCAGCAAUACGCAAGAAAAUAGCAAAAAGCCAACCUUAAAUGGUAAUCAGUUUAAGGAAGCGAUUUCCGCAACGAAUAGUUCCGCCGCGGCGCCGAGCGAAACGAAAAAAAAUACUUCGAGCCAAAACACCAGCUAGCCACAAGGUAAAAGUAAGCAUAAAUCGAAAUGCUUAGCCCGUUUAAAUUAUAUGGCUAUUCGGUAAUAAAAGAGAUAUAAAUAUAUUUAUUAGAAUGCAUAUAUAUACAUAUUCUCUAUUAUAUAUAUUUAUAUAUUAUAUCAUUAUAAAUAUAUAAAAUAUAUAUAUAGUUAAUAUACAUAUAUAUACAUUUUCUAAUAAUUUAUUGCAAACGAAAUUUUGAAUCAUACACAUACAUAUACACACACUUGCGAUACGUAUCUAUUGGUGGUAUUUAAUAACGAUGCGAUAAUUCCUAACAAAAGCUCCACGGCAGUUGUUGUUCCAUAGCUAGAGAAGAGUUUGAAAAUAAUCAUGAGAAUAACCAUAGCGACACUUAAAAGGCGCAAUUAAUUAGUUAUAAAAAGAAAUGUAACGUGCGCACAUAUACGUAACACGCACAUACACGAUUUCGUAUACUAUCUAGACGAACUAUAAAAUUCACAAUGACAUUUCGGCAAAGUAAAAAAAGGAAAGAAAAAACUUAUAUAAUACUGUUCUCGCAUUUAGUUCCGUAUUUUUGAAGCGAAGGUAUUAUAUGCGUUGUCGGUGACAAAUAAAAAGUAGCUUUAAUCAAUCUAGCAAACAAAAAAAAUAUAUAUGUAUCUUAAGUAUAUAUAUAUAUAUAUUUUUUUUUUGUAGUAGUGCGGAAAUAUGAGCAAAAUUUACAUUUCUGUAAAAAAAAAAAAAAAGAAAAGCUAUGGAAGAUAAAAGUCAGUAACAAUAUAUUGGAUUAAUAAGAAAAUCCAAUAAGAAUUAAAAAAAUUUGUUAAUUCUGCGCAGCGCAUUUUCACGAAAGAAUGCACUUUCACUAAUAAUUAUUAUCGGAAUCGUAAUUAGGUCGGUUAUUCUUGUCGAAGUAUUUCUUGAAGUUAUUAUGCCAUCCAAGUAUUACGACUAUUCUCAAGCAAAGUGACUUUAAUCGCAGGCGUGUGAGACAUAGUUUAGAAAAAAAUUUAUAUAGAUGGGAUCUUCAUAAUGGCUAUGUCCGGUAUUAUGAAUUUUCUUAGCAUAGCUUGUAAAGGAUAGAUAUUUAGAAAGAAAUGCAUUAAUCUUUACUGUCAAUUUUCCUUUUCCGAGAUUUUCCAUACAUUCGUCGGAGAUAGAAUCUCCUUUCAUUCCUAUUAUUUUUCGAAGUAUAUCACAUGGAAGGACUGAAUGUUUUAUUUGAUGUUUUACAAUAAUAUUAAUAAUUAUUACUUAAUAUGUUAAUAAUUAAGGUGCACCGUAAUACAUAUGUAAUAUAAUUUAUUUAUUUCGUUUAUUUCGAUUUGUAAGAUGUAUUGGGCGAGGAAGUUGUUUCCUGUGGAACUAUAGUUUAUCAUGAUGCUCAUAAAAAAAAUAGCAAGAUGAAAAAACAGAAAAAACUCAGAUCGAUUCUAUUUAGAAUCAUAGCACAAAAUGGUAGCAGUAUUCAUAAUAAAUAUUUAUCGGGAAUUAUUUUGUCUCGUUCUUUUUUUUAAAGGAUUUUCAAAGGAAACAUGUACUCGCCGUCGUUCAAUUGAUUAACGGAGCUCUCAAAGUGUCGAAUUUCCUACACGUCUUCGCUUAGUGAAAGACAGAUAGGAAAGGUUCAAGAAAUUUGUGGUGCUGACGAAUAAAAUUAUAUUAGAAAAGACAGCAAUGUCUUUGGUCCUUGUUACGACUGUAAAUGAUUGUAUAUGCUAAUAAGGAUGGAGAAAGAGGCGCGUUGUGCGAAGUCGCCGAAAUGUGAAACGGAAUUGGGAAUGCCUUGUACAUGUGCCAGCUAUAUUUGUAUUGAUUACGAUAAUUAUAUUCAUGAGUCGCGUUCACACAUAAAGUUUUAUUUCACGUCGCAUUUCUUUCGAAAGAGAAAAAGAAACAUUUGGCGAGAAAGAGUCGCCUGAAUGUGAACGAAUUACCACAAUCACAGUCGAUGCUUUCAAACGUAACACAUAUAUGCAAAAAAAAGAAUGUAUUCUAGUCUGAUGUGAAGUGUGUAUGGCGGAUUUUUAUUUAACCUUUUUUUUUAAUGGACUAUGUUCUUCUCGCCUCUCCCCCAUCGCUCUUUUUCGUUGUCAUUCGUCAUCAGACCCAAUCAUCACCAUAUGUUAAAUUACAUUUAAGAUUUUGUAUUUAUUCUCUGAAAUUAUCGUUUUACAUUAUAAAAUAUAUUUUUGGAGGCGUGCACAUGCAUACACACAUUCGUUAAGUUCAAUUCGUAAUUUCAUCGACUAACUGCAUCGAUCAAACUGAAUAAUUGCAAUAAUUCUGUAAUAAUUUGCUAUGUAAUUCAGUUUCCUUAAUUUGGAUCAAUAAAAGAUCAUAAAAAGAUGAAGG